AUGUGCAUGCGGCUUUUCGUUUCGUUCGAUACAAAAACUAAAAGACUUGUUUGUUUACCCUCGCUCCCACCUGGAUUUGAACCAGGAACCUUUCGGUUAACAGCCGAACGCGCUAACCGAUUGCGCCAUGGAAGCUUUG